UACAAAACCGUUGGUGAGGAGGUUUGGAAGAAUCGUGUAGAAAAGAUCAACGCAGAAUUAUUUACAUUAACCUAUGGCUCUGUUGUUGCCCAGCUCGUUAAAGACUAUGAGGAUUAUCAAGAAGUGAACAAACAAUUGGAAAAAAUGGGCUAUAACAUUGGAAUCCGAUUAAUUGAAGAUUUUCUUGCCAAAACGACCAACAAUCUAGGACGUUGUACAGAUUUUCGAGAGACUGCAGAAGUGAUUUCUAAGGUUGGUUAUAAAAUCUUUUUGAACAUAACACCAACGAUAUCAAACUGGUCCGCAAAUGGAAAGGAGUUUUCACUCAUAUUCGAUGAGAAUCCUUUAGCCGAAUUUGUAGAAUUGCCUGAUGAUGGAGCUGGCGAUGAACUAUGGUACUCUAAUAUAUUAUGCGGAGUGCUUAGAGGUGCCUUAGAAAUGGUCCAAAUGCAAGUUGAAGCGAAUUUUGUUAGUGAUGUGUUACGAGGAGAUGAUCAAACUGAGAUGAGAGUGAAACUGAUUCGAUAUCUUGAAGAGGAG